AUGAGCACUGCAGCUCUCAAGGAAUUACUAGCGACGAAUGGAGCUAGAAGCAUCGCAGGUGCACCGAAUGCUGCUAAAGACUCGCCAGCAACAGGAGAAUUUGUGAACGGUAAAUACUCAGAGACACUGAACGCAACUAAAUCUGAUCAACCUCAAGCAGCAGCACGUCAAGCUCUAAUCCAUCAACCCGACUAUAGCGACACUGACUACGCUCCAAGUGACCACGAGGAUGAGGAAGAAAAGGCCUCCACUCCGCCAAGUCAAAGCACGAACAACGUCGGACCUCCGUACUCUCCUUUUGCCGCCGAUAAAAGUGCAUCUUUCGAUGGAAAACUUAACAACCAUGGCCAGCCCACAGUCUCAAGAAGUAGUAGCUCACCUAGUCCCAAGGCGACACUCAUGACUGGCCAUAUCCCUCCACUGCUCAACGUGCCUCGUAUUAUCAGUGGUGGACACAAUCUCGAGCGGAAACGAGCUUCUUUCGCGCUAAGCAGCUCGCCUUCGAGCAGUUCAAGUGAGAACCAGCUGCAGCAUUAA